AUGAGUGAAGAAGACCAAGAGAAAACGGCGUUCUACACCGACCAAAGUGUUUAUUGCUACACUACCAUGCCAUUUGGGCUAAAGAACGCCGGGGCAACCUACCAGAGGUUGAUCAACCGCCUCUUCAAGAAUCAGAUCGGCCGCAAUGUGGAGGCCUAUGUGGAUGACAUCCUCGUCAAAAGUCUCGCCACUUCAUCCUUCCUGUCAGACUUGAGAGAAGUCUUUGGUGUCCUGCGAAACUCGAGGAUGAAGCUGAAUCCCAAGAAGUGCGUCUUCGGCGUCACUUCGGGAAAAUUCCUGGGAUAUCUGGUUUCCCACCAGGGAAUCGAGGCCAACCCCGACAAGGUCAGGGCCAUUCAGGACAUGUCCCCACCUCGGAACGUCCGAGAAGUCCAAAGAUUGAAUGGACGCCUGGCCGCUCUGAAUCGAUUCCUGUCCCAAUCCGCCGAGAAAGCUCUGCCCUUCUUUAAGGUGCUGAAAAAGGCUGACCAAUUCGCCUGGACUGAGGAGUGUCAAGCUGCUUUCGACCAGCUGAAGCAGUAUUUACACCAUCUACCUACCCUUGCUUCACCUCGGCCCGAGGAGAAGCUCUACCUCUACCUCUCUGCAGCCGACGAGGCUGUCAGCGCUGUGCUCAUUCGGGAUGAGGGCACCCAAGUGCCAGUCUAUUACGUCAGCCGAGCUCUUCGCGGGCCGGAGACUCGAUACACUCAAGUGGAAAAACUGGUGCUGGGGCUAGUCCACGCAGCUCGGCGGUUGAAGCCCUACUUUCUAGCUCAUCCCAUCUCCGUCAGGACCGACCAACCCAUUCGGCAAAUAUUGGUGCGGCCCGAAGCCUCUGGUCGCCUCACCAAGUGGGCUGUGGAAUUGGGAGAAUAUGACUUGUCCUAUGAGCCCCGCACCGCCAUAAAAGCGCAAGACCUAGCCGAUUUCCUGGCCGAGCUGACCUUCACGGAGGGUCCGGAGUCCACCUCCGCCAAAGCCGAGGUGUCCACCCCAUCCACGUGGACACUGUAUGUCGAUGGGUCUUCUAAUGGAGAUGGCAGCGGUGCCGGACUUCUUCUGGAAGGACCUCAGGGAGAGGUGUGCUCCUACGCCCUCCACUUUGGCUUCCCGGCCACCAAUAAUGAAGCCGAAUACGAGGCUUUAAUUGCUGGACUCCAGCUAGCCCGAAGACUCGGCGCCCAACAAAUCCAUGUCCGCAGUGACUCCCAACUAGUAGUACGCCAGGUUCUUGGUGAGUACGAGGCCAAGGAUGAGACCAUGCAACGGUACCUCUCCAAGGUUCACCAGCUCACCGCGUACUUCGAGUCUUUUGAAAUCCAAAAAAUACCCCGAUCCCAGAAUAAGCGAGCCGACGCCUUAUCCCGGCUGGCUUCCACUUCAUUCUCUGACCUCAACAAAAUCGUCUUGGUGGAGGUCCUGAGUGAACCAGGAUACGUGGAAGAGGUGGUCUGCCCCGUGCACUCCGGAGAUACCUGGAUGACCCCGUUCAUCCUCUUCUUGAGUCAGCGAACACUCCCUGAAGACCGAGCCGAGGCGAGAAGAAUACAACGCAAGGCGGCUCGGUACGCUCUCCGCGAUGGAGAACUAUACAAACGCUCUUACCUCGGCCCAUGGCUGAGGUGUGUCACUCCCGAGGCCGGACGUCACGUCCUCCGCGAGAUCCACGAAGGUCUGUGUGGAGCUCACGUCGGCCACAGGAUGUUAGCCAAGAAGACUAUGCUCCUUGGAUACUUCUGGCCGUCACUCCGGCAAGACUCCCAGGACCUCGUUCUCGGCUGUCCUUCCUGCCAAGUCCACGCACCCGAGCAUCACCAGCCCUCAAAUUUCAUGGUCCCCAUCACUUCACCCUGGCCAUUCGAGCAGUGGGGGGACAGAUAUCAUAGGACGACGCCGAGGUCAGCAACACAAGAGACCCCAUUCUCACUGACCUACGGCGCCGAAGCUGUCAUCCCGGCUGAGAUCCUUACCCCCAGUCCUCGGCUGGCAGCCUAUGCCGCCGAGGUGAACGAUGAAGAGAGGCAGCUGGACCUCGACUCUUCAUGA